AUGAGCGACAUUUAUCUUCCUCCGUCCCUUACGAUUGAUUUGAUAUCAGAACUCAUCGUCUCUCUGGAUCUCCCUCAGCCGACAUCCAUCGAGCCUUUGAAGGUCUCCGCAGCUUUCCAUUCAAUCUACUUGAUUCACUUCUCUGCCACAGCCGAACCCAAUAUUUCUGCUCGCUCCAACCCCGAUGGCACAAUAACUCUGAUACUUCGCGUCUCUGGUAAUCAGUUACCAGGUAUAAAAACUCGCAAUGAAGUUGGCGUGAUGAACUGGGUGCGCCAGAAUACCCACAUCCCCGUCCCAGCGAUCAUUCGCUAUGAUUCCACUGGAGACAACGUCAUCAAACACGAGUUCACUCUCCUUGAGAAGGCUUCUGGUGUGAGUGUUGAUCAUGUUUAUCACACACUCUCUGAAGAAACUCGGACCAAGAUGGUUCAUCAGCUUGUCGACUAUCUCAUCGAGUUACAUGACCACCCCUGGAAAGAUGGGUAUGUAGGUGGUCUGACUCUCGACAAUGGUGAGAUAGCAAGAGGGCCUCCGAUGGAAGAAAACUUCUGGCAAACUCCUGAUCUAGAGAAUUAUUGGUCCGAGUCUACAGAGACGUUGGAGUCGCUUAACCCACUUGCCCCUGAUGGAUAUGUCAAUUACGUGUCAUUCAUGGUUGAUAGUAUGAGGUGCUACAUCCAUGCGAUACAGAAUCAUCCCUCACUCGAGUCAUAUCGUGAUAUAAUCCCUCGAUUAUGCAAAUUUGCGACUAUCAUUCAGGAGCCACAGACUGCCAAAGAGCUGAACCAAGUCACUUAUAUUCUGGCUCACAAGGAUAUGCACUUCGCCAACAUUAUGUGCGAUCCUGACCACCCAGACUGUCCCAUAACAGCCAUCUUGGACUGGGAAUUUAGUGGUAUUGUGGCUGCAUCGCGGUGGAAUCCACGACGUGCAUUCCUCUGGAAUUAUAAAACAACACCGGAGGAUAAAGCGGAGCAAACUCGCAUGGAAAACAUUUUCGAGAGAGUUUGUCAAGAGAAAGGGGCCGAAAGAAUCCUCGAAGAGGCUAAGCUGAGUCCACUACAAGAAUCAAUGCAAAUUGUCGUGAAUCAUAUUCGUGCAGUUGUUGAGGUGUGUCCAAGGGGACAGGCAAAGGAUCGUGUGGCCUCUUGGAGAACAACAGCAGAGGAAGCAAUGAAGAAAUUUGGUGCUUGA